UUAUGUGAAAGUGUUACACUCUUACUGUUAAUACAGUAUGAUUUUCCUUGCAGUUCUCCUGUUUUCUGUGUCUGCUGCCUCCAAUACUAAUAUGUGGGACAGUCAAACUGUUUCUCUCUCUGAUUUGCUAAAAAGAUUGAAUGAUUUAGAGGAAAGACUGCAAGUACAAGAACGAAUAAACAGAGAACAAGAAGCCGUCAUCAAACGUUUGAUUAUUGAAAAUAUAAACCUUAAAAAUAUUGUAAUGCCAAAGACAGACAUUUCUGUUGAUAUCAAAAAGCUUAAUGAAAGUGAAGGAUUUACCCAUUCCCCUGGAAACAGCAAUACCACUGGAGAGAAAAUCAAUACUGUACAUAAGAUGCAUUUAUCGAAUUCAAAAUCGCAUUUGAAUAUAUCCGAUGAACACUCUAGUGUUGGAAAUUGUUGCCAAAAAUUAUUGUUGGACUUCAAAAACAAUGGACCCAAAAGGAGAUCUGUUACAGGCGGUGCUGCUUUUUACUCUUAUUUGUCAGAUAGUGAGAGUAAUCCAAAUCGUCUCCAAAUAAUCAUAUUUGACCACGUGAUUACAAACGUCGGUGGAAACUACAAUCAUCACACGGGGUUCUUCUACUGUCCAAUGGAUGGGGUGUACACAUUUUCGUGGACUUUAUAUUGCUCUUCUAAUGGAUAUAUUUAUUCUGAAAUUGUUGUUAAUUCUGAUGCCGUUGGAGCCAUGAUUUGUAAUGCCGAGGGAGCAAGCAGUAUCAGACACUCAACCGGUGUAGUUGUUGUGGAGAUCAAUCAAGGGGAUGCUGUCUACAUCCGAACACAUCCUAGUGCCAACCUUGUCGGACGUCUUCAUAGCUAUUCUGCCUAUCGAUCUUCAUUUAGUGGAUGGAAACUUUUUUAACCAUAUGAAAGAAGUCAAUAAUAAAA